GCCAACGCUUUUAACCAGUAGGCUACCCCACCGCCGCCAGAAAGGAGGAAGGAGGCAACCAAAACUGGUGGGGGGGCCUCCACCAUCAAGCCUGACAGAAAUGGAACAGCUGGUGAGCCUACAGUCCUUUCUGAAUCAUGAAUUUCACGAGUGUCUUUAUCAAGAUAUAUGAAAUACAUCUGGGCAUAUUGUUUACAGUGUAUGCAGUUGCUGUUGAAUUGUAAUUUAACAAUUUAUUUUCAGGUUGUAUCAUUCCUGCCUUCAUGCACUAUUCAAGGUUGUGAUGGUGGCCUUGAAAGUGAGGAAUUUGAAUACACUACUCCAGCUACCCCUGAGACUCUGCAUGUACUGCCUGGUUUGCCACGUGAUGGGGCCUACAGUCUGCCUUCCUACUCAGAGAGUUUGUUGUCAGCAGAUGAUGUUCCCCAAGUUGAAGCAGUUGAUACAGUUGAUGCAGUUGCACACUUGAUGGCUUCAAAGACUCUAAGUGAUAAGGAUAAUAUUGUUAUGAGAGAGAGGGAGAAACUGAACGUCCUUAAGGACCUGCUUGAAGUUCAAAAGAAGAGACUACAAAUUGAGGAGCAGAAGUUUGCCUAUAUCACCUCUCUGCACCAGACUGGCCAAUCUGAACUCAAUGUGUCCCCAAUCAUUCAGUUUCUUUGACAGAAUAUGCAUUUGCACAACUAUUAAAAAAUCAGCCUGUU